ACAAAGAGACACACAAAGAACUGAAGCAUGUGGGGGAUAGAAAGGUAGCUGCCUUUGCAAAAACGAACCAUGUUGAUGCUACGCUGCUGCCUCCCUGCUUCUCUGAUUCUCACAUUUGGGGAGUAAGAAGGAAACACACACAUUGGAUUUCUUAUCAUAUAGAAUGCUCACGUCUCUCUUCUCUCUGGCUGAAUCCGGGGAAAGGACUAAUGUACUUUCUUAGUGUGAAAGAUACAAACCUAAGACCUAGUCCUAAGCCACUGGAGGCAUGAUAUCCUAAUUGAUCUCGCCCCAUGGAAUGCAACCUGCUUGUGGAUUGGAGCCUCCGAAUAUUUGUACUGUAAAGAGAACCGAAACGGCUUUGCUUCAUUUUUUAUGUAUGUCUUUUUCUUUUUUUUUUCUUUUUUUUUUGUUGAGUUGCACGCAGCUGUGAUUUUUGGCAUCUGAAAAAGAGAUGACCCAGGAACAGUACACUGAUAGAAACAAUGUCUCUCAAGAACCACACGUGUACAAAGUGGGGAUCUACGGCUGGCGAAAGCGUUGCCUGUACCUCUUUGUUCUGCUCCUCAUGGUUUUAAUCCUGGUCAACCUCGCUUUGACAAUCUGGAUCCUCAAAGUCAUGAACUUCACGAUUGAUGGUAUGGGUCACCUGCGCAUCACUGAAAAGGGGCUGAAACUAGAAGGGGAUUCGGAAUUCCUAAAACCUCUUUAUGCCAAAGAAAUCCAAUCCAGACCAGGUAGCCCAUUGUUCCUCCAGUCCUCUAAAAAUGUAACUGUCAACAUUCUCAACGGUAAAAACAACGUAGUAACUCGACUAGUGGCAGGAUCCAAUGGCAUUGAAACUCACAGUAAAUUGUUGGAGGUAAAGUCCAACACUGGAAAGCUUCUGUUUUCUGCUGAUGAGCGGGAAGUUGUGGUUGGCGCUGACAGACUACGAGUAUUAGGUGCUGAGGGAGCUGUGUUCAGCAACUCGAUAGAAACGCCUCAUAUCAGAGCGGAUCCUUUUAAAGAACUCAGGCUGGAGUCCCCAACUCGUUCUUUGUUUAUGGAGGCUCCAAAGGGGGUUGAAAUCAAUGCAGAAGCGGGGAACCUUCAGGCAACGUGCAGAAGUGAGAUGAAGCUGGAGUCUAAAGAUGGAGAGAUCUCUUUGGAUGCUAACAACAUCAAGCUACCUCGGCUUCCCAAGGGGACCUAUUCUGCAGCCGGAGCCAAACAGAAAGUGUUCGAAGUGUGCGUGUGUCCAAACGGACGACUCUUCUUAUCUCCCUCUGGGACCGGCUCGACCUGCCAGAUUAGCUCCAGCAUCUGCCUCUGAAAACAGAUGAACAAACCAAGAAAACAAAAAGCAGCAAAGGGGCCUGUGUGGUACCAAACAGGCUUCUCAAAGCAGUCAGUGGAGAGAGAAAGAGCCAUGGGGGAGACACUGCGCACGCGCGUGCGCGUGUGUGUGUGUGUGUGUGUGUGUGUGACAGCUGUUACCAGCACUGCUCUUAAACAAUGUUUCA